AUGAAUCCGACGGAAUUACUUGAUUCUUCCAUUGAAUCAGACGAGGAUAAGAUUCGAAAGAGCUACGAUCAUGAGGACUUGAAAACAUUCCUGGCCAAAUCGACUAUAAAGGAUUACUUUCAACGUGCACUGCAAAUAUCAGAUUGCUAUCAGCUGCUAAGCUAUUUGCAGGCGACUUUGUCCAGAUAUGUUUGGGCAGAUUUUGAUCUGGAAGAGAAGCUUGAUUUAUAUAUUCUGGCCAUAAUGAUGAUGACAUACGAACAGGAUAAUUUUAUAGUCAUUAAUAAACGCUUCACGCUGUUAGAUACUGUCUCCAAUUUAGUAUAUAUUCUUUAUCCAGACCAGAUUGAAUUUAUUGCCAAUGGCUUGUAUAAGAACUUUGUGCAAGGCGUGGGAGCCAAGCGUUUGGAAAAUUUCUUGAAUAUGCAGGCGGCCUUUCCCCGUUUAAUGCUCUCAUCUGGAUCUGGCAGUGACGUUGCCCUGGCCCUGCUUCUGACCAUCUUGAGCAGAUACACCAAAGUCCCAGCAAGACUGCAAAUGACUGGAAAUGCGCGUAAUGCAUUCGAAAUGGCAAAGUUGGUCAGCUGGCAGCAGCUGGCGAACUCUGAUCAAUACCAUGACAUGUUCAUUAAUUCAUUGGAUUAA